AUGGUGGACAAGGUCAUGCGCACGGUGGUGGGGGAGCUUGAGCGUUCGUGCAUUUGGGGUCAACAGUUCAAGUAUUUGCAAUAUGUGAUCUACAACACCAACCUGGAAGUGCAGGGCAUCCACACUGUUCGCUGGCUGUCAAGAGGUGAUGCGGUGCAGAGGUUGUGCAAGGUUCUGUGUGCGUGCAUUGUUCUGCUGUACGAGAAUAAUCACAAGGCGUACGAGAUUGUGAUGAGCUUCAAGUUCCAGUUCUGCCUGUUUUUCCUCGCCGACAUCCUCGCUGACAUGAACGACUCCAACCGAUGUUUUCAGAAGCGAGAGUUGGAUGUGACGGAGAUCUCCAAGGUCGUUGACCAUACAACAUCGGAUCUGCAGCACCGGUACUUGGAGAACGAGGGGCAGUUCGGUGGUGAAGGCAAGUGCUGGCUGGUGGAUUUCCUGCAGCUGUACGGGCAUGGCGGAGGCACGAAGGUGUGGGUGUGA